AUGCCAUUUUUUUUCAUGUUUCCAUUUAAAAAUAUAUGCCUGAAAAUAAUAAAAGUGAUAAUUUUAUACUUGUUUAUAUGUGAGGAUAAUAUUAUUCUAAAUAUAAUAAACUGUUUACAUAUAGUUAAACAAACUAAUGUUAAAAAAUUUAAUAAUUUUGAAAGAAAUAUUUUUCCAAAAUACCUUAGGAAAAAUGUGGAUACAAUUUUCUAUCCCCAUAAAAGCUCAAUAAAUAAAUGCUAUAUUACUAAUCGAUUAUUUACUAACAAAAAAAAUAAAAAUAUCAUAAAUUCUUUAAAAAAAUAUCCAAAACUAAAAAGUAAUUGGUACAAUGGGUUAUUGAACAUAAAAAGACUAAACACACAUAUAUAUAUGAUAGACAAUAAUGAGGAACAUCAAACUAGCGAAAUAAUUGAUAAUAUAUUGAAUAAUAAAGGAUAUAACGAAAACAAUGAGGGUCAUUCUUUUUUAGAAAUUUUUAAUGAUCAAAUUGAUGUACCUAUUGAUUUAGCACAUUUUGAAAAGGAAACAAAAAAACUUAUUAAUAUAUUAAAUUUUAAUAAUGUUCAAUUAAUUAUAAAAUUUGUUGACUUAAAAGAAAUGAAAAAUAUAAAUAAAAAAUAUAGAAAUAAAAAUGAGCCAACAGAUAUAAUAUCUAUUUUGAAUGUUGUAAAAAACGAUGAUACAAACAACGAAAUUUUACAUAGUGAUGAUUUUUUUUAUAUAAAUAAUUCCAAAAGUGGUGAUAUAUUUUUAUGUCCUGAAUAUAUAAAUAGAGAAUGUGUUAUAUCAAAAAUGAAGUAUGAAAAAAAAAUAUUAAAAAGUAAUAGCGAAGAAGUAAUAGACGAAUAUAUUAGUACAAAUUCUAAUGAAGAAGAAAACAAAAGAGGUGUAAAUAAAUUAUUUCGAAAUAUUUUUGAUGUUAACGAAAGACUUCCUUUUUAUGUUUUACAUGGAUUAAUACAUUUAAUGCAUAAAGAUCAUGUAAAUAGUUUUAAAGAAUAUACUGAAUUUAUGGAUUUAGAAGAACAAACCAUUGGAAAAUAUUUUAAAUUUCACAAAUUUACAAAUACAUUUUAUGCGCACCAUAUAAUAGGUAUUGGUACGGAUAUUUUAUGUGUUAAUAGAAUUUAUAAAAUUCUUGAAAAAAAUAAAAAUUUUAUAAAAAAAGUUUUAAACUCAUUUGAAUUAGCUGAAUUUGAAACAAAAAAAGAAAAAUUAAACGAAAAAAUAAGUACUGAUUUAGAAAAAUUAGCAGUUUAUGUUAGUAAAAAAUUCGCAGCAAAAGAAGCUAUACUUAAAUCCAUGGGGCGCGGUUUAAGUUCUAUAUCUAAAUAUGGAUUAAGUAUGAAUGAUAUUGAAAUAAAGAAUGAUAAAUAUGGAAAACCUCAUGUCAAUUUAUAUGGGAAAGCUAAAAAGGUAGCUUACGAAAUGGGUAUUGUCAAAAUAUUUUUAUCAAUUAGUGAUGAAAAAAUUAUAAACAACCAGACAAAUAAUACUUCGUGCAAUUUUCCGAUAUCCAUUAUACAAGCACAGGCGCUAUCUGUAGGUUCGAAUGUAUAA